AAGAAGUCAAUGAAAUAUUAUCAGGUUACCGCUUUAUUAGUUUUUAUAUUUAAUAUUAUUAGUGUUAAUUGCAUUAGUCUGUAUAAAAAUUGCACACAAAUUUUAAUGGAAGAUAAAUUUAAUUUGAACAGAAGUGAAUGCUUGAUUAAUUAGGGUUCUCCAGAUAAUGUAAACGAGUACACUUAAAAUUGUAAAUAUCUUUAAUCUGAUCAAUGUAUGGGUAUUACUUAGCUGACUUGUAAUGGUACAGUAUCUAAUUAUAUUUCUGCAAAUACUUGCAAAUCAAACAGCUUAUUUACCAUGAAUUUUAAAUAAAAUAGAUUUAUAUAUAGACUUAAGCUAAGACUAGCAAUUAUUAUUAGUUCUAAUUAGUAAAUCACUCCCAUCAGUAGUUUCUUGAGUAUAAAUAAUAAAUUUUUAUCUUAUGAUAAUUAAGCCUUUUAGCAAUUUUGUAGUGAUACAUCUCCAUUUUACUCUAAUAUCUUUGAUUAAGUUGUCUAUAAUAUUAAUUAAGAUUACUUAAAUAUAAGUUUUUCAGCUUUACCAAAUUACAGCAAAUCCUUUAGCACAUAUCUCAAAGAAAUUUUUCUAGCAGUUGAAUAUUGCCCUGAUAAUUGUAGUAGUUGUAGCAGCUCUGGUUGCCUACAAUGCAACUCUGGUUAUUAUUUAGAUAAUUAAUAAUGCUUAUAAUGUAGUUUAUCCUGCUAAACAUGCAAUAAUCCUUCAAAUUGCUUAACCUGUUCAAGCAACACAAAAUAGUUAGAUUAAUAAAAUUAAUGUGACUGUAAAAAUCCUAAAGAUCAAAGAAAUAAUUAUGUAGAAUGUAGUUAUUAAAAUAUUGCAGUCCUUAAUGUAUAUUUAAGUAAUACAACUCCUUAAUUAAUUAUUGAUUUAGGAUCACCUUUUAAAGCUUUGUCUAAAGAUUCAGUUUCCUCAUAGUAGCUUUGCCAGUAUAUAUUUGAUCCUUAAACACUGAAUCUCAUAGGAUAAAAUUCUUAAUGUUUCAUUUAAGCAAACUAAAUUAUAGUCAAUUUAACUGACUCAUCUACAAUAAUGGAAAAUAAUUCAAUAAAAAUUUUACCUAAUACCUUAUAAUUUCUAGAUUACUAAGUCCCUAUUGAUACAUUCUAUCAAAAUUAAGUAUUUUAAAAGUCAGUAAGUGAUCCUCUAUUAGAAUUCAAAUAUAACUCUAUUGAAAAUACUUGUAAUCCUAUAGGUAUAGAAUUUAAAAGUAUAAAAAACGACGCUUAAAGAGGAUUUCUGAAUAUUUAAUGGAUUCUUUAAGAAGUUACAGGGCAAUUAACUGCAGGAUAAAAAUAAUAAAUAGAUAAUUUAUUCUAAAUAGCUAAUUAAAAUUAAAAUACUUUCUUAAUAAUAAAACCUGAGCUAAUUCCUCCUAAUCAAAAUAUUACAAUUAUUUUUAACUACACAUUAAAGGUUAAUAAAAAUGGCUAAUAAAUUUUUUAAAUAUUUUAUUAAAAAUAAAAAAUGAUAAAAGCGAAUUAUCUGCAAUCUUCAUAUCCUCCAAUUUAUAGAUUUUAGAGCUUAAAUUAUUACUUUUAAUUUUCUAUUUAAAUCUGUGAAUUAGGAAGCCAAAUAUUUAUAUAAUAAGAAUCGCUUGAUAUAUAAAUUAUCUCUCCUGAGCUAUCUUUAAUAUAAAAAAACAUGUAGAACUAUAAUUAAUCUUAUUUUGAGUUAGAUAUACCUCCUUAUUCCUUACCAUCUAAUUCAGUGUUCAACUUUAGCGUGAUAUUUAGCAUUCACUCUUAAAGCAAUAUAAAGACUGAACUUAAUAUAGCAUAAAACAUUGAAACCUCUAAUCUGUAUGUUACUAUCUAAGGUGGAUCUAACUAAAUAGUCAACUACAAUAAAAAACUUUAUUUAGUUUCAGACUUUCAAGAUUUAGAAAUUUAAAAUUCUAAUUCCUAAGAAAACCUUCAAUUUAAAUGGACUUGCUUUAAUCCAACAAAUAAGGACCAUAUCUGCUACGACUAAAAAAAUUAGUAAAUUCAACUUUAGCAAGGACAAAAUAGUAUUUCUAUUCUAGAGAAUACUUUUUAACCAUAUACAAUAAUUAUAUUUACAAUAACCAUUACUAAAUUGAAUAGAUCAUAGAGCUUUUCUACAACUUGUUUUUUUAAUGACAUAGAUAUACCACCAUUAAAAGUAAUAAGUCCUUUAAAAUAAUAAAAUUAAAGAGUAAAUUUAAAUUAAGAGCUUUCAUUUUAAUUAAUCCACGAAAAUAAUAAUAAUCUUGAUAAUUUAUAAUAUACAGGAACUAUAUCAUACAAAAAUAAAGUAGUGGGUUUUGUUAAAUUUGAUUAUUUUUAAGUCAAAUUUAGAAUUUAGAACUAUUUUAAUUAAAUAGAUUCUUAAUUUAAUACUUUACAAAUUCGUUUCACUGUAUCUAAUCCAUCUUACUCAUCACCAAGUAUCUCUGUACAAGAUAUUUAAAUAAAUAUACCUCCACAAAAUUGUUAAUUAAUUAUAACUCCAUCAGAAGGAAUGGCUAUUUAAACUUUUUUUAGCAUACAGUUAUCUAACUGUUAAGAUUAAGAUUAACCAUUAACAUACUAAUUCUUCUAUUACAUGAAUUAAUUUGAAUAUUAAUAAGAGCUUAAUGGACCGUAUGAUAUUAAUAGAAGGUAAAUUAAUGAUUAAAGUAUUAAUAAUAUGGUAGAAACAAUACUACCUUCAGGAGAUAUAAUUAUUAUGGCAUAAGUAAUUGAUUCUCUAUAUGCUACAUUUAACAUAACUCAAACUAUAAAAGUCUAUAAGCAAAACAAAACAGAUGAACAAUACCAAUAGUUAGCUAAUUAAAUAAUUUAAUAAUAAUAAUAAACAUAACCAUAAUUAGACUAAAAACUUGUUACUUUAGCUGUUAUCGGUGAUGAUAUAAGUAUAAAUCAGUAAUUAGCAAAUUCAAAAUUAAUUGAUUAUUUAAAAAUGACAAUGAUUUCUUAGCUAUGCGAAAAUUCUAAAUAAUUACCAACAUUUUCUCUAUUACCUACAAUUGCUAAUAAAGUAAUAGCCAGAUUAUAAUAAACUAAUUUUCAAAUAGAAAAUAAAAAUAAAAGCAAAAUAAUUAAUUAGAUAAAAUACAAUAUUUUAAAUAUUAACUCAAUCCUAUUAACCAAUAGUUUAACUUAAAUAUAGAAAGACAAUGACUUAGUUAUAUAAAAUCUAAUUGACUAAUUCAAAAUAUUAAAUUAUACUAUUAAUUAAAAUUCAAGCAAUUUUCCUGAAGAUCUCUAAACUUAUGACAAUUUAUCAAGCCAGAUAGGUUAAAUGCUUUCUAAUUAAAUGUAGCCUAAUUAGGGAGAAGUUGUUUUGAAAGCCAAUUUAUCUAAUAUUUUAAUAAACUAAAUAACUUAACAAUUUAUCAGCAGAUAUGCGAUAGUUUAAGCUACUCCAUCUUAAAAAUAAACGAAUACUUACUAAAUAGUGUAGAGUACAUAUUAUUAAAAUAUUUAUGAAAAUACAACAAGUUUUUAAAAAUAUGUUUAAAAACUAAAAGACAUAGAUAGCAAUUUUUAGUAUUCAAAAAAUUCAUUAAUUUCAAUUCAAAUAAAUAAUAAUCAAAAUACAACUUUUACUGAUAUUAUUUACUCUUUUAAUUGUGUUAACUAUUCAUAAAAGUAUUAAAUUACUUGUUUAUAAUAGGCUAUUAAUGAAUGGACUAAAGAAUAUUGCUCUUUAAUUUACCAAAAUAAUAAUAAUUAUCAAUGCUUAUGCAAAUAUUAAUAUCCUACGACUAUAAUAGAAGACAUUGAUGAUAUGAUAAUAAAAUAAGAAAAAGAAGUAAAAAGUUAAGAUAAAUUUAUUUUUAUGUACUCAAUCAUGUAAUUAUUAUUAGCCAUAACAUUAAUUUGGCUCAUAUUAUUUGUUUAUGGAAAGAACUUAGAUUUUAAAAGUGAACAAAAGAUAAACUUAAUUAACUUACUUGAAAAUAAAGAGCUAAAAGAUUAUUAAUAAAAAUAUUAACAAUAAAUUCAAGUUUUAUCUUCUUAAACACAAUAAACUUAGCAAUAAUUCUUAACAACACCAAUGCAUACUCAUGCAAAAUUAAUUUCAAAUAGUGUUAACAUUGAAAAUAAUUUCUAGGCAAGAUUUUACUAGAAAUACAUGAUGCAAAAAAGUGUUCUUUAAAGAAAAAAAACAUUUAUUAAAUUAAAAGAUUAAAAUAAUGUAAAAUAAAUUACCAAACAAUUAGAUAUAGAGGAAGAUGAAGAAGAUUUAACAAUUGAAAAGAUUUAGUAAAGUGAGAAAAUUCCAGAAAAAAAUUACAUUGAAAAUACUUAAAAAAAUACUUAAAUAUAAAUAAGUGAAUAAACAAAAUAAAAUUUUUAACAAAUCUCCUAUUUCAAAAAACUGGUAUCAUUACAUUUUACAAUAGGGACCUUUUACACAUUCGAUAAGUAAAUUUCUCGAUCCACCCGGUUUACUCUUUUGUUCUUUAAAAUUACACAUAUUUUAGUCAUUUCAAUAUCUUUUGCAUAAUAUAAUUAAGUAGAAGAAAUUUUAUUAACAGCAAUUAUCGACGGUGUUUUAUUAGAAAUUAUUUUUCUAUUAAUUCAAUAAUUUAUAAAAUAAAAAAAUAUUGGAAAAUGCCUAUCAUUAUUUUCUUUAAUAAUAAUGCUUAUAAUUUACUUUUAUAUAGCAAUGAUAAUGUCUUACGCAAAGGAAUAUGAUGAAUUUCAGGAUUUUCUCAUAUUAUUUGGAAUUUCGAUUUCAAUUAAUAUAUUUAUAUUUCAGUUUAUAAUAUCUUCUUGGAUAAUUAUUAUCAUCAAUAAUUUUUUUAAAAAUACUGAUGAUAUAAACUUUUAUAGUUAAUUAUUUCAUGUAUUAGAUAUGUAAUCCUUUUUAUUAUAUAUUGAUGUUUGA